CACGUUCUGGUAGAAAAUGUAGUAUAGAAAUCACUUUUCAUAGGUUGUGUGGUUGACUAUAUUAAACCAAAGUCCUUUCUUUUUGAUUCAUGCGAGUGAUGCGACCAUUUCAAUUUGUGGGAAGGUUGAGCAUCUUCCGCCCAAUAAUAUAAAAUCACCACUACUAAUCAUAAUGCACGCCUUGUGUUCGAGAAAAUGACCCAAUCAAAAUUAUUUCACCAAAAUUCAAAAUUGGUGAUUGACCUUAAUUUUCCCCCAAAAAUUAGGGAAAGAUGGCUUACACGUUGUAGUAUUUUAACCCAUUAUUCUACAUAGUACAUACAACAUGAUCAUGACAUUCAAAUUCUUUACUAUUGUUUCUUCUUCUUCAUCAACCUUCAAAAUCUGCAAAAAUUUCAUACCCAGAAAGCUAAAGAUUAAAAAAUGGAGUCCUGGGUAACCACAUUGUUUAAGGAUAUCAAAGAGAAGGUUGGGUUUGAGUCUUUAUCUCAAUUGAGUGAAGUUGUUGAAGUCCCACCAAGAACAGACACUUCUUAUGAUUAUUUUCCUUCAAGGUUGUCGCCUCCAGAACUUCGGCUACUCAUUCAGUAUGUUUUGCAAAUGAGGCUCAUAGAUGCAAACCAUUAUCUCAAUAACAUCUUGGGAAGACUGUUAUUCAUGGAGCAUUUGGCCUAUGAGAGUGCUUCUUUUGCUCCUUGUUUAGAAUUUGACAUGAGUAAUAUGGGGCAUGCUUGCAUUCUAGCAUCGCUAGGGGAGAGGGCAUGGCCACCAAAGGAGGGCUACUCAUUUGUUUGCUGGUUUCAGUAUAGGGGUUUAGAAUCAAUGCAAUCAGAACAUGAAGGAACAAUGAAACUAAGGUUGUUUUUGGUUACUUCAACAGAUAGUGAAAUCACAUUUGUAGAACUUUUUAUGCAACAGGAUGGUGUGCUGAGUCUUGCAACAAACAAUACUUUGUUAUUAUCUUCUCGUAGCUUGGGUUUAGAAGAAGGCGAAUGGUAUCAUCUUGCCAUUGUCCAAAGUAAUAGAGAUGAUGUGACUGCAAAACACUUCUCUGGUACUGUACACAUAUAUGUUAAUGGGAAGCUGAGUGACACUGCAGAACUUGCUUACACUCCCAUGCUUGCUGAAAGGGAAUUGCAGAUUACCAUUGGGACACCUGCAAACCAUGCAAGGGUUAGUGACUUGCAAUGGAGAUUACAUAGUUGCUAUCUUUUCCAAGAACCACUCUCUGCUGAUUUUAUUAGUUUCAUGUACACGCUUGUUAGAGGAUACAAAGUUCUACUUCAAGGUUCAGAUAUCUCUCACUCUAUAUUUGAUGAUGAUGGAAAAGGUCUGAGAAAUUCUAUAUUGGACUCAAGCUCAGAUGACGGAGUAGGAAGAUUAGACACUGUUGAGAAAGUAGGGAGACCAGAGGUAGAUGGCUCAGAGACAAUUUGGGAUAUGAAGAUGUUGGAAAAACUGUGGCUGCAACUUUUCAAAAAGAAACUCCUCUGUGCAUUCAAUGCAGUACGGAUUGAAGCUCUGCCAGCAUCACAUACUUUGACCUUGCUCAAUCUUGUUGAUCCUAUGUCAGUUGUUCCUUCAACUGGCAUAGCGCACUUUGGGGAACUCUAUGGCGAUAUCUCUAUUUGUAGGAGAUGUAUAAUUGGAAAUGUCGUAUGCCCAGUUACAGGGAUUGCUGUUAUUCUAGCUAUUAUUGAAUCUGCUGAAACAAGGAACAUGCUUCAUAUAGCCUUGACAUUAUUUGCGUCUGCUCUAAAUCAGAAUUCUCACAGGGCUGAACAGAUGAAAGCAUGCAAAGGUUAUCAGUUGCUGUCUUUGUUCCUUUGUAGGAAAAUAGCCUUGUUUGACAUGAAAUGUCUUCAGAUUCUUUUCAAGAUUGUUGUGUCUGAAGAUCCGCCAAAAGUGGUGGAUAGCCAAACUAUUAUUUCAUCUGCAAAAGCCAUGCCCCAGGCCAUAUCUCCGGAAGUUGAUCUAGCAGAGUCUCAGGAUUCACUUUCUUCAAUGAAUUAUCAUGGAGAAAUUCAUGAUUUCUCUACAAAUGGCGAAAAAACUAAUCAUGUUAAUGGGUAUUCAAAUGAUACAAAGGCAACUUUAUUAAUCUCUGGUGCUCUAUCUGAUGCAGAUAUAGUAGAGCAUGUCUUGCUAGACUGGACCCUGUGGGUGGCGGCCCCUGUUUCCAUCCAGUUAGAAAUUCUGGACUUUUUCGAGAAUAUGGUGUCUGCGUAUAAAUUCAAAGAUCAUAAUCUGAGUGUUCUGCGUGAAAGAAACGUUGUCCAACAUUUGUUGGCAGCUUUACAUAGGGAUGAUAUUGAAGUGCUUGUCUUGGAGAAAUUUGUUAUUCUACUUGCAGUCAUCUUAGAGCACAAGUUUCUAGACACUGAGCUGGAGAGUGUGACGUCAUUUGUGCUUACAACAUUUGAACCCCCUGAAGUGAUGAAACCAUCUCAAGUCACGAGAGAGGUGAUGAGUAAGCGUGUGAGUUUGAGAAAUAUUCUCUUGGAGACACUCAUAGAUUUACAAGUGACCAUAUUUUCUGAGGAAUUGCUUGAGCAUUGGCAUAAAAUAGUCUCAUCACAACUCAUUGCACAUUUUCUUGAUAGAGCAAUUCAUCCAACAAGCAUGAUAUGGAUCAUAACCAUUCUGGGUGUAUGCUUCACAUCAUCUCCCGCAUUUCCUCUUAAAUUUGAGAGUAAUGGCGGCUACCAAGCAUUGGCUCAUGUACUUCCAAGUUUCCAUGAUUUUCUUGACAUAUAUUAUACUCUUUUUUGCCUGAUAUUUGGCAAGCCUAUAUACCCAAAAUUACCUGAAGUUGGAAUUUUGGACUUUGAGGCGCUGAUGCUCAAUAAUGAGGACUUUAGAGACUUGAAAUUUGCAAGCCUCUUGGAUUCUAUAGUUGCUAUGGUGAAAUAUGUUUUUGAUCAGCUUAGAGUCCAACCAACUCUUGCUCAACAAGCUUUGGAUAUCCCUCAAUCUUAUGAUGUGGACCUUGCAGAGGGAAACAUGGAUAUUAUUGAAGAAUUAGGUGGUGAAGAAGCUUUGAAUCACAAGACACAUACUACAUCUUUACAUGGCUUGGAAGCCUCUGCCACUGAUGCAACUUCAAUACUGAGAUUUAUGGCUAAUUCGGCUAAAAUGUCACCAUCUUUCUCUAAAAUCUGUGAAAGGACUGAAUUUCUUGAAAGCUGUGUGGACCUUUACUUCUCUAUUGUGAGGGCGUAUAUGGCUGUAAAAUUGGUCACAGAACCUUAUGUUUUAACAACUUCCACCAAUUAUUCCAUCUUAGCUUGUGAAGGUGAUGAAUCACCUUCUGCAAAGCUUGGUUCUCAUACAAAGUCGACUGAAGAUUCAAGUUUUCUAACUACCUCCCAUCUUAUGCUGGAACUUGACAAUUCCACUGGUAGAGGUAAAUUAUAUUCAGUAGGAGCCACUGCUAUCUUAGAUCUUAUAGCAGAAGUUCUAUCUGUUACUUUGAUUGGGCAUGUGAAUCCAAUUGCAAUCAUGGAAAGCGUUUUAUGGAGUGGUCCUUUAUAUCUUGAUUCUGAAUCUGCUCUAACUUUCCAAGCACUCUGCCUCAGUAGAGUUAUGACCUAUUUGGAAAGGCGGCUUCUGUACAGUCAUGAGAGAAAUGGCCAAAUUUUGGAUAAGAGCAUUUUGUGGUCAAAUUUAGGGUCAUUUUGCAAUUUGAUUGUAGAUUGUGUUUAUAUAGGUGUAUUUCCUCAGCCUUCAGCUGUGAUGAAAGUUUUAGAAUUCUGUUUUUUGAUGCUCCAUUCUGCAAAGAAAGAUGGUCAAAUUGAGGAAUCAUCCCUUCCUUGGACAGGCCUGCUAUCAAUUUUGAGAGGAAGUAGGCCAAUUGAUGUUAUCCUUAAGAGCACAAAUCGGAUGGUAUUGUAUUGUUUUCUUCCAUCUUUCUUGGCCUCCACUAGAGAAGAUCCUCUCAUUUCCCAAGAAGAAAUGCGGGUGGAUAUUUGCAUAGUCUUGGAACUAAUACAUGCGCAUAAAGAAAUCAUCUUCCAUUCAAGCAAUGCGGAUAUUGAUCUAUAUUGCUCCCUCUGCAUUAGUCUAAUCUCCCUCAUCUCUGACGAGCAAACAGAUGCAAGAAAUUUAGCCAUGAGUAUACUAAAGUUUCUUCUAGUGCAUUGCCGAGCCUCCCUUGAAGACGUGCUCAUAUCAAAGACAGACCACAAUAAGCCCUUGGAUGUAUUAAAUGGGGGCUUUGACAAACUCUUAACUGAAAACUCCUCUACUUUCAUAAUGUGGUUUCAGAGCUCUGAGCAUGAUGUGAAGCAUGUGCUGCAGCAAUUUGCAAGUGUUAGAUGGUCAAAAUUCAUUACAGAAUCAGAAAAGUUUCGAAGAGAGAAGUUCGAGUCAUUGGAGGAUCACUGGACGGCAAAAAUGUGGAGGAAAACAGAACAUACAACUAAACUUGACCCCAUAUAUUGGGAUCAAUGUGCUGACCGGAAAACAACUCUUGCAGCUACACAAAAUACAAUGCGAACUGAGUUAGGGAUUGCUUACAGAAAGAAAGAUGACUUAAUUCUUCAUGCAGAGAGUGAAUGGAGGAGUCAUUUCGAACAACUUGGGCAUGAACAUAAAUCUGAACUCAUUAGUGCUUUGGCUUGGGAAGAUUACUGGCCUUUGUGAUCAUAAUAUGCCAACAAUUUAAGUACUAAUAAAGGUUUUAUGGCAUGUAAGUUUCCGUUGUUUUCCAUCUGUUGCUUAAUUAACUUGGUGCAUUUGACCUUUAGUUAGAGUAUGGUUAAGAGCUUAACGGUCUAUAGGUCCAGCCCAUAUUCAGAGUAGUAUCUAGCCCAUCUACUAUUGGACUUGCCUGCGUAUUGGGCCCUAUUUUAUUAUUUCAUUAUUUAUGCAAAUAAUAAAGUGAGAAAUAUUUGAGAUUGGAAGAAGUAAUUGGUCAUUGACAAUUUGCCAACAUAUUCUCAAAUAAUUCCAUUGUUUACGAAAUAAUGGUAACUCUUUACCUUUUAUGUUUGUCAAUUUAAAAUUUUAAUCAUUAGCUCUUAAAUGAUGUUCGUAUCAAAAAAUAAAAUAUAUAAGACCCUGUUCUUUUGAGCUGUUCUGCUCUGUUGAAAUUUACUUUGUUCUUCUCUGUUGAAAUCUA